ACAGCUGUAUCCCGUUUGACGACUGAAGACUACUCAACACUGAGACAUGUCAAGGCUGGAGAAUGCCAUUCUUGCUGUGGUGGAGGUGUUUGAGGAGUACGCAGGGAGAGAUGACAAGAAGCAACAGCUGAGCAAUGCUGAACUGGAGGAGCUGCUGAAGAAGGAACUGAGUAACCCAGAGUUUAAGAGUAAGAUUGACCCAGGGGAGGUGGAUGAGGUCAUGAACAUGCUGGACAAGAACCACGACGGCCAGGUGAACUUCCGUGAGUUUAGCAUGUGCAUUGCCACGCUGGCAAGGGGCUACUACAAGAAGAGGAAUGGGAAAGGCAAAGGCAAGGGAAAAGAUAAGGACAACGAAUGAGAGAAGACACAAACACACA